GUUGAUUGUUGAUUUUUCAAUUGAGAGCGCAUAGUGAGUGAGAGAGAGAGAGAGAUGGGAAGCGACAGCGAGACAGAGAGAUCGGUGCAAAAGGAGAAGGAGAAGAAGAAGAUGCCGUCUCUAGCUCCCAUAGCUAAGCCGCUUGCCGGCAAGAAGCUUUGCAAGCGUACCCUUAAACUUGUUCGCAGAGCCGCCGAACACAAAUGCUUAAAGAGAGGAGUCAAGGAGGUCGUUAAAAGCAUUAGGAGAGGUCAUAAAGGAUUCUGUGUUAUCGCUGGCAACAUUUCACCCAUUGAUGUCAUCACCCAUGUUCCCGUUCUCUGUGAGGAGUCUGACAUUCCAUACAUAUAUGUCCCAUCCAAAGAAGAUCUUGCUGGUGCAGGAGCAACAAAGAGGCCUACUUGCUGUGUUUUGGUACAGACGAAACCUGCAAAGGGUGAAUUAGAGCAAGGGGAACAAGAGAAACUAAAGUCUGACUAUGAUCAAGUUGUGUCGGAAGUUAAGGAGCUUGCAGCUUCACUUUUUUGAAACAACCACACAUGUAUCUGUAUUGUUUGUUCUAGAUGGAUUCGCAUGUGGUGGUAGUGUAUCAUACAAUGAAUUCAUGUAUGAGUUUAAUUAUUUUCCUAUCUUGCUUAUCAGUUUCUUAUCA